AUGGUAGCAAUUGGUGACAAAGUGGAUGUUAACGGUCACCAUGGUGUUGUGAAAUAUAUUGGGCAUACUCAAUUUGCUGAAGGCGUCUGGUAUGGUAUAGAAUUAGAUGAACCUGUGGGUAGAAAUGACGGUAGUGUACAAGGGAAAAGAUACUUUGACUUGGAGAAGAAGGGUCUCUGCGGUAUAUUUGCCAAACUCCAGAGCAUUAAAAUAAUCAAUUCUGGGGGUCAGAAUUCUUUACAGGGAGAAGUUUCAAGACUUUUACAGGAGAACGAUGAACUACGACGCCAAUUACAAAGGACAGAGGUAGAGGGUCCCAAUGACGUUAUAGAAUUUCUCACCAUGGAGAAUUCUGAUCUCAGCAAGAAUAUAGAGUCUCUAAAGGGUAAAUUGGCUGCCCUUCAGCAAAGAGAAGAUACUCACGUAAAAUUGCAGGCAGUUUACGUGGAAAUGGAGAAAGAGCUUAGAGAUCAGUUGGAGGAACUUGAAAUAUCGUAUCAAAAGGAAAUUGACGCAUUGAAAAAUGAAAACGCUAAACUGCAUCAGGAAUUAGCUGAAAAGGAUAGUCCCCAACUAGAAGUAAGAGACCUGCAGUCAAAAUUGAAGAUCAUGGAACAACAAGUUUAUGAAAACAGAUUUUUAAAAGAUCUUUAUGAAGUAUGCAUAGAUGAUAAGAGAAAUAGAGAGGAAGCACAAUUUGAAUACUUAUCGAAGAAGAUAUUAGAUGAUCGAAUAAGAAACAACUUUGUGGAGAAACAGAAAUGCAGGUUCGUAUUGGUUAUAUUAAAUAGCAUUGCAGCGGCAUUGACAAAUGAAAAUAUGAAAGAAUCGUACCGUAAAAGUCUAGGGGAUGUUUCUCAAUGGACUGCUCCAUUUCUUGGCUGUCUAAUACCAGAGGAAAAAAUUCGACUCACAUCAAUCAACGAAUUUUUGAGUUCAAACCCAGAAUUAAAUGCCAGUCCUUUUCUGGCGAUACGCUGUAUAGGACUCACCUUUGGUAAAAUCGUACCUGAAUUACUAGCGCUUUACAUGGAACGUACCGCCGACAAACCACCGUUGGAAUUAAUAACGGAACUCUAUUCUGUAUGUCUUUCCAUUCAGAAGAAAUGCGAAGUGUUACUCGUUGGGGCUUCAAACGCAAAUUGCAUUCUCACUACUAGAAACAAUAUUUCUGCUCUGAAAUUAUUCAACACCAUCUUCCAAGAAAUAUUCAGUCAGUUUGAGCUCGAAUUCCAAGAGGAUCAUAUUCUUGAAUUGACCAAGGAUAUUCUUCAACAGGUAGAGUCAAUUUCCGUGAUGAAACAAGUCGACGAAGAUAAAGAUGAUGAUAAAUUUGAAGAUUCACAAACAAUUGAAGCCACUUCUACUAGCAUAAAUUCAAAAGAUGAUAUGGCCGCCCAUUGGCAAACCUUACUCCAUAACAGGGAAACGGAAUUGAGGGAGUUGAUGAUUAAGAAUCAAGUAUAUCAACAACGACUUGAGGAAGUUGACAGCCGUGGCAAGGAAUUUAAUAGCAUGAAGAUAGAAAUUGGUGAUCUAAGUCAGCGUAACGAUUACCUGAUACAAGAAGUUGCGGAUCUGAAAGAAGUCCUUGAAAAAGUGCAACAAAAAGUGAAACGUGAACAACUUAGAGCGUAUCAAAUUGGUCCGAAUGAUGGCUAUGAAGAUCUGGCAGCAGAAUUGAUCAACUCAGAAAAACUAGAUUUAAUCUCAGAAAUCAGAGACUUGAGGCAAAUCGUCUCAAAGUAUGUCGCUAAGGAGAACAAAAAACCUGUAAAUUUGGAGUGGCUAGACAUCCACAAAGAAGCCAUCAAUAUUAUAGAAAUUCCAUUAAGAAAUAGAAUCCAUUCCCUUGGAAACGAAGUUCUUGACUUCGUAAAUUAUUCCACAAGCGUCAAUUUGGAAUGCAGCAAACUCAAGAAAAACUACAUGGAAAAUGCAAAAUUCAAGAUGUCUGUCAUCGAGUCAGCUAUUAAAGAUACCAAACUGAAUUAG